GUAAUAAUGAAAAAUAAAUGUCUGUCCAGGGUAUACAGGUUUAAUUACUUCAUUUGUUCAAUUUGUGUCUGGAGGGCCUUGUUGGACAUGAUUUCUUUCGGGUCCUUCUGUUUCUCUCAUUACAUUUCCUGGCUAAAGCUCCAGUGCUCACUUUGAGCACAAUGACCACUUGACACUUUCUCUCAUCCUCAUAAUUGUUUCUCGUUAUCAUAUCUGGUAUUUGUUUCAAUUGAAAUUUCAUCACAUUUCAUCCUAAAUUGCUUUCUUCAUUCACUGGUACUGUCAUUAUUCAUCACUGUACGUGGCUUCGCUUAUACUACCGAAGACUUCGACUUGUCACAAUGAAGAUGCUGGGCUUGUCGACGCUGCUCCUAUAUAUUCCCUUUGUCCCAGGCUUUGCGUGUGCAGAUACUGGAGUUGACGUGGUCCCGGCGCAGAUUCACGAUCUCAAUGAAGACCUCGACUUAGCCUCAUUCCUCGAAUCUAAAACUCUGAAACAUGAUGGCAUAUUUAGCGAGGCGCUCAAACUACUCGAAUCUAUCAACUCAUCCUCAUCCUGUAACAAACUCGCUGCUACAAAGCUCGUUACAUCCUGCAAAUCUAUAGGACGCAACUCUCAAACCCCGACCGAUUCUGAUACAUACCUGGCUCUGGAAUAUGUCCGAUCGCUGUACGCAGCGAGGCUGGCGAUAUGCGAGAUUAGCGGGGCAGGGAUAUCCAUUCCUUUACCGUGCCAGCCGAUGAACGUUUCGCCGGCACCCAAAAAAGCACGUUUCAGCUUCUAUACCAAGAACAAUCCAGUAAUUAUCGACGAUGACCCUAUGCGAAAAGAAAGGUUAGAAUCGUGUCUCAAGUCAUUAGAAUCACGCCCUCAGUGGUGGACAUCAUAUAGCAAUAGUAAGCAGAAUGCGAUGGUCAUCUGCCAUGCCUCGAGAAGUGAGAUCGAGAAGGAGGACAUCCUGGCGACAUACAAUACUAUUCUUCAGAGUUCUACCAAGCUGAGUGACGGUAUUCUGGAAGCGUUACGAGUUGCUGUCGAAGAGUCCGCCAAGGGUAGGGCUUUUAUGCGAUCAACUGAGCUUCUGAGAAAUGAGGCGCUACGAGAGAUGGAGGAAUCAACAUCAUCAUCAGUGAUAAGGAUGUCUCACAAAAUUGAGACACAUUUUACCUCGUUUAUGGAGUCUAUAUCUUCAGCUCUGAGCGCCGUCCACAUUGGCUUCUCAGAAAUCCAGUCGGACCUUCAGAACUCGUCAAAUGAGGCUAUGUCCCUGCGACAAAUGCUACAGUACAUUCAUGGCGAAUCGCUCCUACGGAGCGAGCAAGUUGCCAUGACCCAGCGGCGGAAUGCAGAUACUCAAGAGGAGCUUGCAUUAUCCCUGAAGUCGAAACUUCAAGCCAUUGCGACGGAUGAUAUGAGUAGACUCAGUCAAAGUAUGGGAGCCCUUGAUUCUUCCCUGGAAUGGCUAUAUAUGAGGAUGGGAGACAUAAUAGAACAAGAAGAAGGUUUCUCCGAGCGCCUUAGUAGCAUCGGAUUAUCUCUUGAAGAAUUCCAGCUCAGAGUUGACAGCUUGAGCAAAAUCCAGGAGCGGCAGUACGAAAUUGCCGCGGCACAAGCCCAAGCGCAAGAGGAUUUACAAACCGACAUUCGAAUCUCCAAAGGAAUUCUCGACCAGACAGCAUCAACAGCAGCAAACUUGCAAACAACUCUUGAGGCGGCAAUGAAAUGGCGAGAAACAUCGAUAUUCGACGGAAUCCUUGGGCAUCACACUGCCUGGAUAAUCACUGGAGCUAUAUGGGCCAUCGCUUCACAGCGAAGCCACAGCAUUCCCUCAGCUACAGCUGCUAUGCUAGUGCUUAUUUUUGUUUGUAUGGCAAGCCCGCCAUCCGGUUCAGUCAUCUGAAACCUGCUAACAUAUUUCGUCAUGCGGUCAACGGAAUACUUUGAUGGCUUUACGCGAACAGUACCUGCUUCGUCAUUUCGUCCACAUCUGAUACUAGAAUUGGUUUCCCUUACGUGAAUCACUCCGUGCGUGAUUGAAAUUGUUUUUAGUUUGUCCCUUUUUUUUUUUUUUUCCCCCGUAUUCCGUAUUGCCAGCGACUAUCGUAUUAUACUUCAACCCGGCCGUCGGGUGCUCAGGCUCUUGCCCUAAUCCUCUUAUUUAUAGCUAACUAGCGUCAUUAUCUGCCAAUCUGGGGUAAUCAGAUUUGAAUCCAC